ACUAACGAGCUGGAAGGCAUGGCGAAGGUGAUGACUCGUGGUACUCUCCCCAUCAAUACUUAUAAACAGCCCUUGUAUUUAGUUCACCCUACUUCUUCCUACACUCAACAUUCUUCCCUAGUGAAUCUUUCCCCUCGGUAGUUUAGCAGGGAAUGGGAACUAAAGAGCAACAGGCGAGAUGGCGAAAGGGAUGAUUUGUGGUACUCUCCCCAUCAAUACUUAUAAACAGCCCUUGUAUUUAGUUCACCCUACUUCUUCCUACACUCAACAUUCUUCCCUAGCGAAUCUUUCCCCUCGGUAGUUUAUCAGGGAAUGGGAACUAUCGAGCUGGAGGUGGUGAUAAGGGGAAUGACUUGUGGUACUCUCCCCAUCAAUACUUAUAAACAGCCCUUGUAUUUAGUUCCCCUAUACUUAACAUUCUUCCGUUGGCCUGUUUUCCCGCGUUACGUUUAUCAGGGAAUGGGAACUAACGAGCUGGAGGUGGUGGUAAGGGAAUGACGUGCUAUUCUAUAAACUCCUCUAACUAACUAAUUCUGCAUCACUAUUCUAAACGUCCGCCCUUCGUGUUCAGUUCCCCCGGCAAGAGUUAACUUUCUCCCCUCGUAAUUUGCGGGGCGCUGGAACAAACGAACUGGGAGGCCAUGGCGACGGGGGGGAUGACUUGUACUGCGGGUUACUCUUGAACAUUUCGGCGCCUAAGCUCACCCAUUUGACAAGGCUUUCGUAAGAUUUUAGGGUAUUAUUUCCAUGUGUAGUUUUAUGGUCCUGAUGUUAAUAUGACUUUUUUUGCAUCAUGAACCUUAAAAGACCCCGACUGAUCUUCUUCGCCUUUGGAAAUAGUUGGUAUAAGAGAGACGUAAAAUUCUGGGUAUUUCCAUGGGUAGUUUUAUGGCCCUGAUGGUAGUUUGACCCUUUUUUUCUGUAUCAUGAACCUUAAAAGACCCCGACUGAUCUCCGUUUUGGCCUGUGGAAAUAUUUGGUAUAUGAGAGGCGUAAAGUUCUGAGUAUUUCCAUGUGUAUUUUUAUGGCCCUGAUGGUAGUUUGACCCUUUUUUUCUGUAUCAUGAAGCUUAAAAGACCCCGACUGAUCUCCUUCGCCUUUGAAAAUAGUUGGUAUAAGAGAGACGUAAAUUUCUGGGUAUUUCCAUGGGUAGUUUUAUGGCCCUGAUGGUAGUUUGACCCUUUUUUUCUGUAUCAUGAAUCUUAAAAGACCCCGACUGAUCUCCGUUUUAGCCUGUGGAAAUAGUUGGUUUAUGAGACGCGUAAAUUUCUGGGUAUUUCCAUGGGUAGUUUUAUGGCCCUGAUGGUAGUUUGACCCUUUUUUUCUGUAUCAUGAACCUUAAAAGACCCCGACUGAUCUCCUUCUUCGCCUUUGGAAAUAGUUGGUAUAAGAGAGACGUAAAUUUCUGGGUAUUUCCAUGUGUAGUUUUAUGGCCCUGAUGGUAGUUUGACCCUUUUUCUGUAUCAUGAAGCUUAAAAGACCCCGACUGAUCGCCGUUUUAGCCUGUGGAAAUAGUUGGUAUAAGAGAGACGUAAAUUUCUGGGUAUUUCCAUGUGUAGUUUUAUGGCCCUGAUGGUAGUUUGACCCUUUUUCUGUAUCAUGAAUCUUAAAAGACCCCGACUGAUCUCCUUUUUGGCCUGUGGAAAUAUUUGGUAUGAGAGGCGUAAAUUUCUGGGUAUUUCCAUGUGUAGUUUUAUGGUCCUGAUGUUAAUAUGACCUUUUUUUCUGUAUCAUGAAGCUUAAAAGACCCCGACUGAUCUCCGUUUUAACCUGUGGAAAUAGUUGGUAUAUGAGAGACGUAAAUUUCUGGGUAUUUCCAUGUGUAGUUUAUGGCCCUGAUGAUAGUUUGACCCUCUUUUUGUACCAUGAGCCUAAAAAAAAUCAUUAGAGCCCGACUGAUCUCCUUUCCGGCGUUGGGAAAUAUAUGGUGUUAGAGUUGAAAGCAGCGUUGCCAAAUCGUCGUACUCUGACAAUCUCAUUUAUCAUUUUUAGGCUCCAAGACGAUCGUAACCACACACAUAGCGCUAGAAAAUUAAAGUUAUCGUUAAAACUGUUAAAUAUUGGUGGUUUUCGUUCAUUUGCGCUACAGUUAUCGGUCAGAAACUACGAAAAGGCUAAAUGCUGAGUACGAUAAUUUGGAAACGCUGGUUGAAUGCGUCUGAGAUUACCGACUUCUUUUCUGUAACGAUUGUCUCUUAUAUUCACGUUUUCUUAUGCAUUCACGUCCAUCCUUCUCCUUCCCUCCUUCCUUCCCUUGUAAAAUGUCGGUUCUCAGCUACACAAUUUAUUUUUCCUUCUACAGUUUUCACACAUUUCUUUCACCUCUUAAACGCUCUGCUUCUAUUUUCUGCUGCGUUGACUCGUCGUUCUAGUCAGUCAAGUUUAGUUCAGUUAGCUCAUUUACUUUUUUGUUGCCUGUUGUCUUCCGCAGCGUUGGUUUCUGUGUCGACAUUUUCCUUUUAUCCUCCUCACUCUUUAUCAUUUCGCUUCCUUUCUGUUUCAUUGGCAUUCAGUUUUGUAUUUUUUUGUUUGUUUGUUUUAUCCAUGAGACCGUCGACAGUUUCCUUAUUGUUCCUCUUUUUGCUUUUUUUCUGUUCCUUACCUUUUCUUCGCUUCUUUCUUUUCUCCGUCUUGCCUCCCUCGAAUAAGAUUUCUACACCUUUCGUUUGCCUGUUCUUCCAUUACAUUGAUCGUUCACAUUUUUUUUUCUUCAUACAUUUCCUUCAUUUCUAUAUCGUUCUGCUUCCUUUUAUGCUGCACUGGUUUUUAUUCACUUCUCUUCGUUUGCGCUUAAUAUUCUUCCUUCCUUUGUCAAUGGUGUUGCUAGUUUCCUUUAAUUUUUCUUCCGUUACACUGAUAUUUCAAGACAUUUUUUCAUAUCUUUCCUUCACUUCUAUAUCGUUCUGUUGCCUUUUAUGCUGCACUGGUUUUUUAUUCACUUCUUUUCGUUUGCUCUUAAUAUUCUUCCUUCUCUUGUCAAUGGUGUUACUAGUUUCCUUUAAUUUUUCUUCCGUUACACUGAUAUUUCAAGACAUUUUUUCAUAUCUUUCCUUCACUUCUAUAUCGUUCUGCUUCCUUUUAUGCUGCACUGGUUUUUAUUCACUUCUCUUCGUUUGCGCUUAACAUUGUUCCUUCUCUUGUCAAUGGUGUUACUACAUAGUUUCCUUUAAUUUUUCUUCCGUUACACUGAUAUUUCACGACCUUUCUUCACUGGUUUUUUAUUCACUUCUUCUCGUUUGCUCUUAACAUUCUUCCUUCCCUUGUCAAUGGUGUUACUAAUAUCCUUUAAUUUUUCUUCCGUUACACUGAUAUUUCACGACCUUUCUUCAUAUCUUUCCUCCACUUCUAUAUCGUUCUGCUUCCUUUUCGGCUAAACUGACUUGAAUUACUGUAUUUUCGAUUGGACUCAACAUUCUUCCUUCCCUUGGCAAUAGUGUUAACUCUCCUUCCGUUUUUCAUACCUUUCCUUCACCUCUAGAUCAUUCUGCUUCCUUAUCGACAACACAAGCUUCUAUUCACCUCUUUUCGCCUCGACUUAACAUUCUUCCUUCCCUCGUCAAUGGUGUUUCUAGUUUCCUGCCGUUUCUCAUACCUUUCCUUCACUUCUAUAUCGUUCUGCUUCCUAUUCUGCUAAAAUGACUUGAAUUACAGUACUUUAGAUUGGACUCAACAUUCUUUCUUCCCUCGUCAAUGGUGUUUCUAGUUUCCUGCCGUUUCUCAUACUUUUCCUUCACUUCUAUAUCGCGCUGCUUCCUUUUCUGCUGCACUGGCUUGUAUUGACUUCUUUCCGCUUCAACUUAACACUUUUCCUUCCCUCGUCAAUGGUGUUGCUAGUUUCCUUCCGUUAUAUGUUUUCCUUCCCGUCAGCAGUUUCCACAUUCCCUUCCAUACUGUUGGGCUUCAUUUCACGCUGGCUUCCCCGUUGAUAGACUUUCCACCCUUCUGCCUUCCCCGGUUUGGUGUAUUUCUGCAAACCGCUCAAGUAUAGGAUGGCUGCAGAAGUACCUUGGGUCGUAAAUCUGAGGGGGCGUCAAAAAUACUAGCCCUCCACAUGCUCCACGUGCCUCGGUGUCGCAAGAGCUGAUUUCGACGCCAGCAAAAACAAAUAAAUUAGAUAAAGGCGAGUGUUGGAAAGAACUGCCAAAUCAACACGAGACUGACUGCAAUUCACGCGCGUCAAAAGCUGGACUAAUUUAAUGCAUACCUGAUAUCAAAACUCAGAAAGCAAUUCACUAAAAAUAAGCACGCACACACACACACACACACACACACACACACACACACACACACACACACAGCUGAUUCCACCGGGGUUCCCAUAAACUAAAACAAAACACACACACACACACACACACACACACACACACACACACACAUUAAAACAAAUCAUCCACCGGACAAAUACAUAAACACGUGAACUAUGCGCAAUCAAUAGCAUCGCCUCGCAAAGAAAAUUGUACAAGUUUGUGAAAGACAUUUUCUUUUGUCUGGCGCCAGGGUGUCACGCGGACGGCUGCUGCUGCUGCUGCUGCCACCACGGGAUCAAUGCUGUUCGGCGGCGCUGGUGCUGAAGGUGAUGGUGAUGGUGGUGGUGGUGGUGGUGGUGAUGGGGGCCACUUGGACGCCGCAAACAGGUUGAUGGAUAAUGGAUCACGCCACACACUUAUCCACUGCCCCGCCCUGCCCUGCCCUGUCACCCUGUCUCCCAUUCUCAUUAAUACUCGCGCCAAGGAAGCAAGGGACAUGAGAGCACUGGCCAAGGUCUACGAGGAAGGCCCCAAGAAAAGUGUUGAGGAGGGGCGGCCUACGGAAGGUGCCUGUUUGGCCUUCUCGUCACGCG